AUGCCUCCCAAAGGCUCCGAGGCCAGUCCACCACCGGACAACCCUCGCUCCUUCUUUACCGUUCCAACACCCAUCAAGCAGCUUUUCGACAAAUUCCCUCUGACCACAUACCCAGCGGACGCCCUUCCGCAACACGCCCUGUCCCAAGCUACCGGCAACCAGCUGUUUGUCUUCACCGAUGCAGCGGGUGCUCGACGUGGUCGGCCGUCUUUCAAUCCACAAUGUCUCAAGUGGCAGGCCUACCUGAAAUUUGUCGGGAUUGACUUCAAAACUACCCCUUCCAACAAUCACGCAUCGCCGACUGGUGCUCUGCCUUUCCUCCUUCCGUCAUCCCCCGAGGACACUCUUGUCCCGAUCCCUUCACACAAGCUCCAAAAAUGGGCCAUUGAACAGGUCCACUGUGAGGAGGAGCAACAAUUGAACCUCCGGUUCGAGGUAUAUGCUUCUCUGCUGGACCAGCGGAUACGGAGUGCCUGGUUAUACAUGCUGUAUCUUGACCCUGCCAACUUCGAGGCCGUGGCACGGCGGCUCUACGUGGACCCUGCAACUACGAGCUCGGUUGUUCGGACUGCUCUCGGUGUCCAGCUCCAACAGGCGGCCCGCGAUGAACUCCUCCGCACGUCGCGGUAUAUUGAUGCUGUGGAUCUGGAGGCGGAUGCCGCGGGUGCGUUUGAGGCGCUAUCAACCCUUCUGGGGAAGGAUGAGCAUUUCUUUGGGCGGCCGAAGCCAGGGCUGUUUGAUGCCAGUGUCUUCGCCUAUACGCAUCUGAUUUUGGAUGAGGGUUUGGGGUGGAAACACAACCGACUGGCGCAGUUGCUCCGCGAGCACGAUAAUCUUUUGGUCACCUCGGCUGUCCUUCCCCACACUCUGGGGCAUCACAUGUCAGCUCCGUCAUUCCUCCUUCUCACGGUCACCUCCUUGUUCGUCUUUCUUACACCCACACCCAACUCAUUCAUUAUUAUCGUUAUUAUUUCGGAAUGCAGGCUCAUAUCAACUCGGGCUGACCUGCUUGCUUUCCUUCGCUUCGCCAUGGCCGCCCAGUCCAAACUCCUCCCGCCUGAGCGCUCCGUCAAGCGGAUCUUCUCCAGCCUUACCUCCCUCUAUCUCCAACACCGCACCCGCAUCUCGCGCGCCGUCUACCUCGCCCUCUUUGCCGCUCUUGCCAAACGUAUCCACAAUGCCAUCUCUGAACAAAAAGCCGCGUCGCAGCGGCAGGUCGAGCUGCGCCGCCAACCCGGAACCACCGGUCUCGACGAGGAGCAGCCGCGCAAAAAGCGGGUAGAGAUCAACCGUGAAUUCUUCAAGCAUUUGCUGCGCUUGCUCCGCAUUGUUAUCCCCGGAUGGCGCAGCAAGGAGCUACGGCUGCUGGUUAGCCACAGCGUUUUCCUAGUCCUCCGCACGCUCCUGAGUCUGUAUGUCGCCGAGUUGGACGGCAGGCUCGUCAGUAACCUCGUGCGCGGCAAGGGUAAGGACUUCUUGCUGGGGCUUGUAUGGUGGAUGAUUGUUGCGGUUCCUGCUACUUUCACGAAUUCCAUGCUCUCAUACCAUCAAUGCAAACUCUCCCUCAGCUAUCGGAAACGCCUGACCGAUUAUAUACACGAUAAAUACCUGUCUAAUAUGACCUUUUAUGCGAUCUCCGCCCUCGAUGAUCGGAUCAAGAACCCCGACCAGCUUGUGACGGUUGAUGUGUCGCGCUUCUCUGACAGCCUAGCAGAGCUGUAUUCCAACCUGGCCAAGCCAAUCCUUGACAUGUGCAUUUACAACUACUCUCUGUCCAAGAAUGUUGGUGGUGAGGGGCUAUUCAUUAUGAGUCUGCUGGUGCAGCUGUCGGCCAAUGUGAUGCGCAUGCUGACACCCCCGUUCGGCAAAUAUGUCGCGGAUGAGGCUCGCCUGGAAGGCGAGUUCCGUUUCCUCCAUUCGAGACUAAUCGACUAUAGCGAGGAGGUGGCUCUGUAUCAUGGCCACGAGGCCGAGAAAGAUACUCUGGACAAGGGCUAUUUCACCCUGAUCAAGCAUGUGAACCGAAUCCUACGCCGACGUCUUUACCACGGUUUCAUGGAAGACUUUGUCAUUAAGUACUUCUGGGGUGCGUUGGGUCUGGUUCUGUGCAGUUUGCCGGUCUUCUUCAAGAUUCCCGGACAAAUCACCCAGAGUAUGGGAGAUCGCACAGAAAGUUUCGUCACAAACCGGAGGAUGCUACUAUCAUCCUCAGACGCCUUUGGUCGCUUGAUGUUCUCGUACAAGGAGAUUUCCGAGCUGGCUGGGUACACGUCCCGCGUCUCGUCCCUACUGGAAGUCAUGGAUGACUUGGUGGCUGGACGAUUCGAGAAGAAGCUCGUCUCGUCGGCAUCCACCGAAGAAAAUGCGGCCGUGCUGUCGGGUCGGGGCGAGGUCAAGGAAAGCGACUCGAUCGAGUUCACUGACGUACCCAUCGUCUCCCCGAACGGAGACGUUCUGGUGCGCAAGCUAUCGUUCACGGUCCACCCAGGCGAGCAUCUGCUCAUUGUCGGACCCAACGGGUGCGGCAAAUCUUCUCUAUUUCGAAUUCUGGGCGGACUCUGGCCUGUCUACGGAGGCACGGUCAAGAAACCGCGGUUCGAGAGCAUCUUCUACAUCCCGCAGCGGCCGUACUUGUCCCGCGGCACGCUGCGCCAGCAGGUGAUUUAUCCCGAUGGUGUGCGCGAGAUGCGCGCCAAGGGUGUCACUGACGCGGAUCUGUAUGAGAUUCUGUCCGUUGUCGAGAUCGCCUCUGUUGUAGACCGGCCUGAUGGCUGGGACGCCGAAGAGGAGUGGCGCGACGUGCUAUCGGGCGGUCUACAGCAGCGCAUCGCCAUGGCCCGGCUCUUCUACCACCGCCCGCAAUUUGCUAUCCUGGACGAAUGCACAUCUUCUGUGACGCUGGAGAUUGAGAAAGUCAUGUACGAGACGGCGAAGAAGCUCGGGAUUACGCUUAUGACUGUCUCGCACCGACGCAGUUUGUGGAAGUACCACAAGAAGAUUCUCCAGUUUGACGGCCAGGGAGGAUACAUCUUCACGGGGCUGGACUGGGAGCGACGGUUGAAACUGGAAGACGAGAAAGACGAACUCGAGCUCCAGCUCCGGGCUGUCCCAGAACUGCAGCGCCGCGUAGCCGAGCUGACGUCCUGA